AUGAAGCUGUCCAAAGUGGUUGGUGUGGUCAGCCUGGCGGUUACCGUCGCUGCGCAGGGGAAGGUCAAGAUCAUGUUACUGGGUGACUCCAUCACUGAAAUCACUUGUUGGAGAGCACUGGUCUGGGACUCUCUUGUCAAGGAAAACCUUGCCGACAAAGUCCAAUUCGUGGGCUCCAUGACGAACAACCCCCAGAACUGCCGAGCACAGUCUGGCGCCUUUGAUCUUCACCACGAGGGCCACUCAGGGUGGCUCUCAAUUAACAUUGCCAACCAGUAUCUGCAAGGUUGGCUGGCAAGCACGAAACCUGACAUUGUGCAAUAUAUGCUUGGCACAAACGACGUUGCGCAGGGUCGGACUACCGCCGAUAUCAUCGCCUCUUAUACUAAGAUGGUGGGCUUUAUGAGAGCAUCCAACCCCCGAAUGAAGAUUCUGGUUGACCUCCUGAUCCCGCUCUCUUUCAACGGUGGCGGCAUCACCACGCUUAACCAGCAGAUUCCUGGCUGGGCCAACCAACAAAACUCGACCGCUUCUCCUAUCACGAUUGCCGACUGCUCCACAAACGCCGGGUACACAAGCUCAAUGAACCGUGACGGUGUACACCCCAACGCGCAGGGCGACCAACUCAUCGCGAGGCAGAUCUCACCAUUGCUCUUUAAGCAUAUCAAAGACGUUAUUGCUGAGAAAGGAUCGACAGGGUUUAUCAGCGCUACCCAACCGGACAUUAUUGAGACCGAAGACGAGGUUCGACUGGGGUGA